CAAACGAAAUGUCCUAUUUCCUUUUUUGGCAAUACAUUCUCACUCUAUACUUAAUAUUUAAAUAAUUUCUACCAACCUACUUUAUAGUACAAAUUUCUUAAUCUCGUGCCGAAAAGAAAUAUGACAUUUCGUUUGGGAGGAAGGGAGUACUAAACAAUUCGGCCCGAUUAAAACGAACAUUGUGGAGUAUAUGUUUCUUCUGUCUUGUAUCUUGAUUGGGAUGGUCGAGCAGUUGCGUUGUUUCUGUCAGAAUUUAUUUUCAUUUUUAUUGGGUGGUUUACCGAUGGAAAAAAGAAAACUAUGAGACUCAACAGCUCAAUCAAGAUUUCCCGGGCCCUUAUGUCGGCUGCCGUGAAAGAUGGGUGGAUUUCCGGUAGUUUGGAAUCUGUGCCCAAGGAAACGGCGGAAGCGGUGGUGAUAGGCGCCGGAGUGGUGGGCGUGGCGGUGGCGCGUGAGCUUGCCGCGAAAGGUGGGAGGGAGGUUUUGGUUGUGGAGUCGGCGCCGACUUUUGGGACUGGCUCCAGUUCUCGUAACAGUGAAGUUAUUCAUGCUGGUAUUUAUUACCCUCCAAAUUCCCUCAAGGCACGUUUGUGUGUGAGAGGAAGGCAUUUGCUCUACGACUAUUGUAGAGCACAUGGCAUUCCUCAUAAACAGAUUGGCAAGCUGAUUGUUGCCACUCGGCCUUCAGAAGUUCCCAAGUUGAGUGAGUUGAUGAGUCGAGGGGUUGAGAAUGGAGUGGAAGGUUUGAGGAUGAUGGACGGGGAAGAAGCUAUGCGUGUCGAGCCACAGCUCUACUGCACCAAAGCCUUGCUAUCGCCCGUUUCUGGGAUCAUUGAUUCCCAUUCUUUGAUGCUCUCGCUGCUGGGGGAAGCUGAGAGCCAUGGAGCCAUCUUCUCUUACAAUACUAGUGUGAUUGGUGGUAGAUACGAGGGAGGCCGACUUCAGCUGUACGUUUGUGAGAGCGAGUCCCUUAGAAACUGGGACAGGGCGUCUCCCUUGAAGCCCGAUCUAAUUCUUAGUCCCAGAAUUGUUGUGAACUCUGCUGGCCUGGGUGCUCUGCCUCUUGCCAAGAGGAUUCACGGCCUAGAUGAUGGGAUCGUCCCAACGCCCUACUUUGCUCGUGGCUGCUACUUUACGUUGUCAAAUGUAAGAUCGCCUCCCUUCCAGCAUCUGAUCUAUCCCCUACCGGAAGAUGGUGGGCUCGGGGUUCAUGUCACUUUGGAUUUGAACGGCCAGGUGAAGUUCGGCCCUGAUGUCGAGUGGAUUGAUGGUGUGGACGAGGUCUCAAACUGGCUCAACUUGUUUGAUUAUUCUGUGGGAGGAGAUGGUGCAAAUCGUUUUUACCCAGAAAUAAGGAAGUACUAUCCAGAUCUAAGGGAUGGAUCGUUGGAAGCGGGGUAUGCCGGUAUUCGACCCAAGCUUUGUGGGAAGCAGCAGAUUCCAAGUGAUUUUGUAGUGCAGGGAGAGAAGCUUCAUGGCGUACGAGGUUUGGUAAACCUGUUUGGUAUCGAAUCACCUGGCUUAACUGCAAGUAUGGCCAUUGCAGAGCAUGUUGUACCUCAAUUAUCACAUCAUUUCAAUUAAUUACCACAUCCUUCAACCUUUUAUGUAUGCGAUGAUUAAGAAUUGAAAGACUUAGUUGUGUUGCUGAAUCUAUGCAUACCAAAUUCUUACUUCCCACAAAA